AUGGCACAAUCACCUAUUGGAAAUUCAAGAAGGCGAGACGAUGUUGAUUUUAACCUGAGAGAAUGGACUCUUAAGGCCAAAAUUAGCAGAGAAAACACAAAUUCAAGAAGAUUUUCAGCUUCUUAUAUUAGAAGUUUCAGAGAAGAUGCAAAAUCUUUUAGAUCAAACAUUUCCAUUUCUAGUACUGUUUCUUCCCCUGGCUACACCUUAAGAGAUGAAAUUGACCCAUCAACUUAUUCUUUUACCACUGCCCUUAAAGCAUUGCAGGCAAAAACAAUAUACAGUUGGGAAUACAUGUCACCUGAUGGAUUGGCUUUAAAUUCCAAGUGGAAUGAAGCUGAGAAAUAUAUCUGCAAUCCUUUAUCAGGGGAAGUUCCUUUGGAAUGUUUAUCUGCAAAAACAUUAAGUGGGAGAUCGUUUCGACAAUCAACCAGUAAAAUCACCAUGUCUGCACCUUUGAUUUAUCCUUCUCAAUAUCACACUCAACAAUUCCAUCCAAAACGUCCUCCUAUAAAAGUAGUACCUCCGCAUGAACUAAAAAUCCAAAUUCCAAGGAAAGAGAAGGGUAACAUUACAAGAGAUGUGGAAACACAGAGCAGUACACCAGGUAAUGUCUUAAGUUCAAAAAGUCCAAGUCCUGCUCGUACUCCAUCCAUUGAGGAAAGAUCAAAAAAACGCUGUGUAGCUGAUGAUUCACCUAUCAUUACUCCUCAAGUCAAAUCUGAGGAAAAGGGAGACUAG